AUGGUGGACCUGUUCCUCAACCAUGUCCUGGUGGAGAACAACUGGGACCAGGAUGAGCUCAACACAGAGCGCGAGAUUGUCGCGAUCCUUGAAAACCGCAUCUUGCUGCUGCUCUUUGCAUCUGCUGAGAGUGAAAAGUGCCAGGAGUUUGCACCCGUUUUGAAUGAUUUUUUUAAGAGACUGAAAGAUCCAGCUUAUAUCGAAUACCCGAAACUGCUCACUCUCAUCUACAUCAGCUUGGACCAAUCAGAGGAGCAGCAGGAAAGAUUCCUCAAAGACAUGCACAAAAAGGUUCUGUUUUUGGCCUUUGAGGAUCCAUACAGGAAGGAACUUCAGGCCAUGUUUAAGGUGAAGGACAUACCAACAGUAGUGGUCCUUCGUCCUGACUGCUCUGUCCUCUCUCCAAAUGCUGUGCAGGACAUCUGUCGUUUCGGUACAGACUGUUUCCACAACUGGCAGGAGUCAGCAGAGCUGGUUGAGAGGACCUUCAUGCUCAACGAGGAGUUCGACAACCUAAAUAUGCGUACUGCCACUGACCCCGUGAGGAGACUCAAGUACAGAACAGAGGACGACAAGAGGAAAAAGAGAUGGUGGAAGUUAUGGGGGAAGGGAAAAGCUGGAAAUGAAGAGGUGGAAGAGAAAGAGGGAGCGUGGGAUACAAAGAGAAAGGAGGGAGAUAAAGGAACAUGGAGGAGAAGAUGA